UUCACCCAUUGGUGUGCAAGGGUGCUGCUCUUAAUCCGAAACAGUUGUGCGUGCAUAAUAAUUCAUGAAAAGAUGCUGUUCUGGGUACACUGUCUUAGACAAGAAUUCCAUCUUAGAAUGCUUGUUGCUGUGUUGGUUGCCCUUAGCCAUGAUCUGAUUGGUGAGACAGGGGUGAACGCGUGGACAUACCAUUACAACAUAACCCCCAAUAGGAACUGGCAAUCUGCUAGGCGGUAUUGCCGACAACAUUACACCGACAUGGUGGCCAUACAGAAUCAGAGAGAAAUUGAACACCUUAAUAAGAUACUGCCCGAGAACAAAAAAUAUUACUGGAUCGGCAUCAGGAAAAUGAAGGGCGUCUGGACCUGGGUUGGAACCAAGAAGUCUCUGACUAAGGAAGCCGAGAACUGGGCCAAGGGGGAGCCCAACAACCAAGGGAGGAGCGAGGACUGUGUGGAGAUAUAUAUCGGGAGAGCCGAGGACACUGCCAAGUGGAACGAUCAAAGUUGCAGUCGUGAAAAAGGAACCGUGUGUUACCAAGCCUCCUGCACGCAGCAGAGCUGCAGCGCCCACGCAGAAUGCGAGGAGACCAUCGGUAACUACAGCUGCAGGUGUCAUCCCGGCUUUCAGGGGCCGCGCUGCGAGGAAGCUGUAACGUGUGAAGGCCUGGAGGCUCCGGAGCGAGGCCUUCUGCAGUGUGCCCAUACACAUGGCUCCUUCCGCUUCAACUCAUCCUGCACGUUCAGCUGCACGCAGGGUUUCUCACUCGUGGGGACGCCGCUCCUGCAGUGCCAGGCCACAGGCCACUGGUCGGCUGACCCCCCAUUGUGUCAGGCUGUGAAAUGUCCAGAGCUGUCCAGAGCUCCUGCCAGAGGCAGCAUGAGCUGUGUCCAUACCAUAGAGCUGCACAGUUUUAACUCCUCCUGUGAAUUCACCUGUGAGGAGGGCUUCCAGCUCGUGGGGUCCAGCAGGAUCCAGUGUGACUCCAGUGGGGUGUGGACCGACAAUGUUCCAGCGUGCGAAGCUCGACAGUGUGACCCUCUGGUGGCUCCAGACAAAGGCCAGAUGAACUGCUCCCACCCUCACUCCCACUUCAGCUUUGGCUCCAGGUGUGAGCUGGGUUGUGAGGAGGGGUUCCUGCUCAGCGGGACAGCCUCCAUUCAGUGCACCUCCUCAGGGGCGUGGACCGACACUCCUCCACUCUGUCAGGCUCGACAGUGUGACCCCCUGGUGGCUCCAGACAAAGGCCAGAUGAACUGCUCCCACCCUCACUCCCACUUCAGCUUUGGCUCCAGGUGUGAGCUGGGUUGUGAGGAGGGCUUUGUUCUUAAAGGAGCUCCUACUCUGCAGUGCACUGAAUCUGGGCACUGGAGCAACACUGCCCCCUCCUGCCAAGCUCGACCGUGUGAUGUACUGUCUGCUCCCCUCCACGGCUCCAUGAUAUGCUCCCACCCACAUGGGAAUUUCAGCUUCACCUCCAGCUGUAACAUGGGCUGUGAGGAGGGGUUCCUGCUCAGCGGGACAGCCUCCAUUCAGUGCACCUCCUCGGGGGCGUGGACCGUCACUCCUCCACUCUGUCAGGCUCAACAGUGUGACCCCCUGGUGGCUCCAGACAGAGGCCAGAUGAACUGCUCCCACCCUCACUCCCACUUCAGCUUUGGCUCCAGGUGUGAGCUGGGUUGUGAGGAGGGCUUUGUUCUUAAAGGAGCUCCUACUCUGCAGUGCACUGAAUCUGGGCACUGGAGCAACACUGCCCCCUCCUGCCAAGCUCGACCGUGUGAUGUACUGUCUGCUCCCCUCCACGGCUCCAUGAUCUGCUCCCACCCACAUGGGAAUUUCAGCUUCACCUCCAGCUGUAACAUGGGCUGUGAGGAGGGGUUCCUGCUCAGCGGGACAGCCUCCAUUCAGUGCACCUCCUCGGGGGCGUGGACCGUCACUCCUCCACUCUGUCAGGCUCGACAGUGUGACCCCCUGGUGGCUCCAGACAAAGGCCAGAUGAACUGCUCCCACCCUCACUCCCACUUCAGCUUUGGCUCCAGGUGUGAGCUGGGUUGUGAGGAGGGCUUUGUUCUUAAAGGAGCUCCUACUCUGCAGUGCACUGAAUCUGGGCACUGGAGCAACACUGCCCCCUCCUGCCAAGCUCGACCGUGUGAUGUACUGUCUGCUCCCCUCCACGGCUCCAUGAUCUGCUCCCACCCACAUGGGAAUUUCAGCUUCACCUCCAGCUGUAACAUGGGCUGUGAGGAGGGGUUCCUGCUCAGCGGGACAGCCUCCAUUCAGUGCACCUCCUCGGGGGCGUGGACCGUCACUCCUCCACUCUGUCAGGCUCGACAGUGUCGCCCCCUGGUGGCUCCAGACAGAGGCCAGAUGAACUGCUCCCACCCUCACUCCCACUUCAGCUUUGGCUCCAGGUGUGAGCUGGGUUGUGAGGAGGGGUUCCUGCUCAGCGGGACAGCCUCCAUUCAGUGCACCUCCUCAGGCACGUGGACCGACACUCCUCCACUCUGUCAGGCUCGACAGUGUCGCCCCCUGGUGGCUCCAGACAGAGGCCAGAUGAACUGCUCCCACCCUCACUCCCACUUCAGCUUUGGCUCCAGGUGUGAGUUGGGUUGUGAGGAGGGCUUUGUUCUUAAAGGAGCUCCCACUCUGCAGUGCACUGAAUCUGGGCACUGGAGCAACACUGCCCCCUCCUGCCAAGCUGUGGAGUGUGAGCCACUCGAGGCCUCCCUCCCCCCCCAGCUCUCCAUGAACUGCUCACACCCGCUAGGGAAUUUCAGCUUCAAUUCUAAGUGUCACUUCCGCUGCGAGGAUGGAUUUUAUCUCAACGGGACAGGGAGACUCUCCUGCACAUCCCACGGGACCUGGAGCCGAGCUUUGCCCUCGUGUGCAGGUAUCCGCAAUCUGAGAUCGACAGUUGGGAUGGGCAUGCUGAUCUACGCAGGUGUUGGGUCUGCAACAGCUGCCUCCGUGCUCUUGCUGGCUGGACUUGGGUUUCUCAUUGCAACUUACCUGCAAAGAAAAGCUCGCAAAGAUCCUCUGCAAACGUCGUCUUAUUCCUUCUGGGAGCAACUAGAAAAUCCCGCAUUUGAGGAAAAUUAGAGCAUUACGUGGUGUGUCCUUAUGAAAAGUCACAGCCUGGACCUGAGUGACUUUAUGGGACCUACCCUCCUCCUAUGCAGCCAACUCCCUUCACUGCGACAUAGAUAAAAAAAAUGGCCAUUGCACGCCCUCUCACCACAUCAGCUGUGAUAUUUGCCCAUGAC